UUGUAAAAGAAAAAGCCUUGUUGAGGGAUUUUUGUUCCCAUUUCAAGUGAAGGAAUGAAAGAAGCCAAAGUUGCUGGGUCCAAGCUUCAAUUGAAGGGUCAGCUAAAUAUGAGUUAUUUCAUCACCAUCCCAAGCAAUUGUAUGCCCGUGAAUGACUAGACAAAUCAGACUCGUGAGGGGCAUAUCUGCCAUCGCAGCCUUGUUUAGAGUAGAUUCCUGCAUGAUAAUAGGAGAUUCCUGCAUGAUUUUACAGCUCAUUGUUGCUACUGUGUUGUCUUUCAUAUAGUGAUGGGUGGAGCAGAUUUAUUUUGUUUGGAAAAUGCUUUGUCAAAUCAGCUCACGGGUAAGAUGUAGCCUCCACAAAGCUAUAUUGAAGAGCUUAUGUUGUACAAGCCCCCAAAGUAUCACUCUUCGGAACCAAACUGUAUUCUCUAAUCACAUCAUGUAUGCAAUGGCAUCAGCAUCAGCUCCUCCGCCACUGCUGCCGGAGUAAGUAAUUUAUUGUUGUCGAUUAUCGAACAUUUUUAUUUUGCAUAUAACCACUAACUUUCCGGUUCCUAGGCACAUUAAACCAUCGUUUUGUCGGACAUUGACUACACGGUCAUGCUUGUACCGCAUGGUAAGUUGGAAAAUUCAUAUGUAUUUUACAUGCGAGGCUUGCUUUCCAAACUAACAACGACACAUACUUUUUUGACAUGAAGGUUAUUCCUUAUGAAUGGAUGUGCGAGCAUGGAGGUAGCUUACCUAAUCUCUGCAGACUCCAAAUGCUCAAUGGCCUUGAAUGGGUGGUGGGCGUAACAAGGGAUGGUCGUGAGAGCUACUUUGAUCAAAACUGGAAUGCAUUUGUAUCUGCUAAUAGUCUCGGGAUGAAACACGUCGUUGUUUUCAGUUACCACGGUGAAGGCGAAUUCAAGGUCAUGAGGUUCAAUGCAAGUGGUUGUAUGCCAUCGACCGAUAUCUUCGUUCAAACUAAUGACUUUCCAGAUUGGGAGUACAAUCCCAAGCGUAAGGACAAAUCAUACUAUGAGGAAUUUAGUGAAUCAGAAUCCACUGACGACGACGACACGGGAUGUCCGGUUAGACGGGUUGAGGAGGUGCCGACCCUUCCCUCUUUUACCAUUAUCCUUCUUGCGUCGCAACUGGACCGGAUCAUGUGCUUGCCUGAAAUUUGGUGGAAAACCCACAUUGCUGACCAUAACAAAAUUCAAUCUGUGAAUCUUUUGGUUGGUGAUCAUUCAUGGAAUGUCUACGUCAAGAUUCAAAAUGAUAACGUGAAAAUAAUUCACGGUUGGAACAAAUUUGUAGCAGACAACAAUCUCGCCGUAGGGAGCAUGUGCAAGUUCGAGUUGUUACCGGCUGAAGUCACAAAAUUUCGGGUAUCUUUUUAGUUAUGGAACCUAUGUAACUUUUAAAUAAUUGUACAAAGUGGACCCAAAUCAGAAUGUAUUUCAGUAUGUGGAUGUUGCCUGUAGUUUAAGCGAA